GCGCAGCUGGCAGCGUUGCGGGGCGACGUCGCUGCAUUGGUGUCCGAGGUGGGGCAGCUGCAAGGCGUGGCCAAAAGCGGUGCCGAGGUGACGGCUGAUGAGAGUCGAGCCGUUCUCAACCAGGUCGCUGCGCUGCGUGGCGAGAUGUCUUCAUUGUUGGCGAAGCAGAAGCAAUCAGCCGAGGCUUCGCCGGAUGAUGCGGCACAUUCCGAGCUCAACGCCGCCGUGGCACAGUUGGGAAAUUUGUGCGAAUGGACGCUGAAGUACAGCCAAGAAGCUGCAGGCGGACAAGCUGCCUUGGCAUCGCGGCUUGUGGAGUUGCAAGAGGAGACCGGUGUGGUUGCUUCAGCGAUGCGCCGGCUGCGUGGCGGUUUGCAAGUUGAUGUCGAAAACGCCUUCAAGCAAAUCAUCAAUGAAGCUGCCGAGCAGCAGCAACAGCAGCUGCAGCGACAGCGGCAACAGCAGCAGCAGCAACAGCGGCAGCAGCAGCAUGAGCAGCUGCGGCAGCAGCAGACGAUGCAGGUGUCACCGAAGCUGGAGGAGGCACCCUCAAGGAGAGUACCCACUCCGCGGCACAGCCCAGGUGCUUUUCAACAGCGCUUGCUGGAGGCCCGCACCCCAAGCACCACGAGACGCCGGCCGAGGCCGCCUCCGGCAGAACUCUCCGAGUUGCGAAAACUUUUGCAGGAGCAUCGGCAGCUUGAGCUGGCAGAGGCUGCAGAGCACCGACCGAGAUCGAGGCGUGCACCGAGAGGAGGUCGGCCCUCGCCCUUGCCUCCUGUCAGCGGUGAGAGCGAGCCAGAGCUGCAGCAGCAGAUGCAGCCUGACUGGCAUUACCUGUUCGAACAGGGCUUGAUAUCGGAGAGAUUCGCGGAAGUUCUGUAG